GAGUAAAUCGAUUCCAGUGACACCAUUCCGUGAUACAUCUGAAGCACAAAUUCCAAGCGAUGAAACACUUCAACGAUUUGCAUCGUUUGUGUGCAAUAACAUCGAUCCGAACAAUGUGACAGCAUCACUUGGAGUAAUACUCAGCAAAGACUCAAUGUCCAAUGCACAAAUCGACGAGUCUCAAGCUAUUUUUACAAAUGGUAUGGCCACGAGUGAAGAUGAUAUGCGAAAUAACAUAAAGAUCAACGAGAUGGCCAAUGAAAUGGUGGCUAAUGCUCACCCAGAUCCAAUCAUUAUUAGUGAAUGUGACGAUAUGAACGCACUGCAUGCUCAAAAAGUGGAGGCGAUUAACAACGAUCUACCAAUCGAUACGAUGGUUGUUGAUUUGACAACUGAAAAUGACGAAGCAUCUCCAGAAAAAGCGAACAAACAAACCAAUCAGAAAGAUGUAAAACCAGUGACAACGAAUCAAUGGCGAAAGAGAAAAAUCGAAGGGCCAUCGACAUCGAAUGGCAAUUCAAAGAAGAAACGGAAGAUUGCACCACGUUCAACAUUGAAAACCAUUCCAAAAUCGACUUCAGAUUCACCGUCGAUUGAUAUGACAGGUGGGAAAGCAAAAAGUGUUAAGCAGUCAAAAGGCGUGGUUGCUCAAACAAGUCAACAGAUUGAAUCUAAUUCAAAUGGCACUGAAGAACAGAAUGGAUCGACGUCAAAUGGGAAAUCCAAAACAAAAUGUGAGUUUUGUAAUUAUGUGGCCACACGUCCAGCAGGUUUGAUAAUACACACACGCAUACACACUGGCGAGAAACCAUUUGAAUGCAAGAUUUGUGCGAAAGGAUUUACUCAAAAGGUUCAUCUGAACAGUCAUAUGAGAACACACGCAAAUCAAUUCCCAUUCCAAUGUUCGAUUUGUCGACAAGUAUUCACGGUGAAACGGGCAAAGGAGACUCACGAGAAAAGCUGUAAUCAACGACGAUAUGAAUGUUACUUAUGUAAAUAUGAUACAUUAAAGAAAUCAGACUUAGUCACGCAUAUGCGCAUUCAUACCGGCGAAUUGCCAUUUCAAUGCAAAAUAUGUAGGAGAAGAUUUACUCAACCGAGUAAUUUGAAAAGGCACAUGAGGAUCCAUGCAAAUCAAUUUCCGUUCCAUUGCUCGAUUUGUCGACAAGGAUUUGCAGUGAAAUGGGCAAAGGACAUACACGAGAAAAAUUGUAAUCAACGGCGAUUUGAAUGUUACUUGUGCAAAUAUGCUACAUUAAUUAAAUCACACUUGGUUGCACAUAUGCGUCUUCAUCACACCGGAGACAAACCAUUCCGUUGCUCUCAUUGCUCAGAACGAUUCAGUCGAAAAUCUAAUUUAAAUCGACAUCAAAAACGCCAUCAGAACAAAUCCAAGUGAUUUUUGUAACAAAACAAAACAGUUUUGCUCCAUUCUUAAAUGUAUAGAGAUAAUUUAGAUGUAAAUCUCGUGAAUAUAUCGAAAGAAGACAUGCAAUUCUUGCUAGAAUUUUUUUGAAUUGAAAAGUCAUUAUUUGUAUGAAGUACCGAAAAUAAGACCGAGAAUGUUAUAAUUGAUUGUAUUCUAACUGACGUGGAGUGUAUAAGAAAUUUUGAAGAA